ACUUAAGACACACGUUGCACAGUCUAUCUUCGAGCAGCUCUCUCUUCGCUCCCCCUCCUCCGCCUAUAUAAGCGCGAGCGCACCCAACUUCUCUUAUCCGUUCACACCCAGUGGCGGCCCAACUUGAGUGCUCAAGAAGAGAGAGAGAGAGAGAGAGAGAGGGGCAUUGAUUGGGAUGGCGACGGUGGUGGUGAGAGAGUACGACCCGGAGAAGGACCGGGCGAAGGUGGACGCCGUGGAGAGGGAAUGCGAGGUCGGCCCCAGCAGGGAGCUCUCCCUCUUCACCGACCACAUGGGCGACCCGAUUUGCAGGGUCCGGAACUGUCCUGCCUUCCUCAUGCUGGUGGCGGAGAUGGGUGAGGAAAAAGAGAUGGUGGGGAUGAUCAGGGGUUGCAUCAAGACCGUUACAUGCGGCAAGAGGCUCUCCAGAAAUACCAAAAACGCCACCAACAACAGCUCCGCCGCCGCAGCCGCCGCUUCGGUCGACUCCUAUAUUCCCACCAAGCAAGUCCCGGUGUACACCAAGGUCGGCUACAUAUUGGGCCUCCGUGUCCCUCCUCCUCACAGGAGGAUGGGAAUAGCGUCUAAGCUGGUCGAGAGAAUGGAGGAGUGGGUGAGGGAGAGCGGCGGCGAGUACUGCUACAUGGCCACCGAGAACGACAACCUCCCCUCCGUCAACCUCUUCACCUCCAAAUGCGGCUACUCCAAGUUCCGCACCCCCUCCAUCCUCGUCAACCCCGUCUUCGCCCACCGCCUCCGCCUCCCCCGUCGGGCCGCCAUCCUCAAGCUCUGCCCCCGCGACGCCGAGCUCCUCUACCGACUCCGCUUCUCCACGUCCGAGUUCUUCCCACGCGACAUCGACGCGGUCCUCAACAACAAGCUCAGCCUCGGAACCUUCCUCGCCGUCCCCCGCGGCAGCGACGGGGACCGGCCUUGGGGCGGGGCAACCGAGUUCCUGGUGGACCCGCCGGAGUCGUGGGCGGUGGUGAGCGUGUGGAACCUGCAGGAAGUGUACAAGCUGGAGGUGCGGGGCGUGCCGGCGGCGAAGCGGGCGCUCGCGAGGGCUUCGCGGGCAGUGGACGGGGCGCUGCCGUGGCUGGGGCUGCCGUCGUUCCCGGAGCUGUUCAGGCCGUUCGGGGCCCACUUCCUGUACGGGCUGGGCGGGGAGGGGCCGCGCGCGGGGGAGAUGGUGAGGGCGCUGUGCGGGCACGCGCACAACCUGGCGAAGGAGCACGGCUGCGCGGUGGUGGCGACGGAGGUGGCGAGGCGGGAGCCGCUGGCGUUGGCGGUCCCGCACUGGAAGAGGCUGUCGUUCGACGACUUGUGGUGCGUCAAGAGGCUCGGGCAGGACUACAGCGACGGGGCGGUGGGUGACUGGACCAAGUCACCGCCCGGGCUUUCCAUCUUCGUUGACCCCAGAGAAGUCUAACGAGCCAAGACCCAAGACUGGCAAAGACUUCAAUUUUUCUCUUUUCAAUUUCCCUUUUUUUUUUUCCUUAAAUUAGGAGGAGAAAAAG